AUGGCAGCAAUCUACUCGGGCAUCCACCUGAAGCUGAAGAGUGCUAAGACUUCCUGGGAAGACAAACUCAAGCUAGCUCAUUUCGCAUGGAUUUCUCACCAGUGCUUUCUUCCUAAUAAAGAGCAAGUAUUGCUUGACUGGGUAAGCCAUACAUUGGUUUCAUACUACAACAAGAAACUUGAGCUGGAGGAUGAAGUUGUUGAGAAACUCUGGACAUACCUAGACAAUGUUAUCCACAGUAGAAGACUACAGGAUCUUUUAAAGAAUGGAAAGACAGUCAAUCUCAGUUUUUCUAUUGCACAGGUCAUAAAUGAGAGGUUGUCGGAGUCCUGUUCUCAAAAGGCGCGACAGAGCAUUGGCACAGUGCUGAGCUGCUCCAGUGGUAUCCUUUCCACUCCUUCACUCGCCAUCAUUUACACAGCUAAGUGUGAGCUUUUGGUCGAUCUCCUCAGCAAGCUGUCUGAGCUGGCUUGUCAGCAGCUGGCUUCUGAUGAUGCUGUGAGCUCCCAGCUGUUCAGCACUCUGCAGCUUACCUUUGCUCAGUACCUCCUGAUCCAGAGGCAACAGACCAACCCGAAUCGUGUGUUUGGGCAAGUGACAAGCCAUCUGCUCCAGCCAUGCCUGCUCCUGAGGCACUUGCUGACUGUGAGGAACUGGACACAGGCAGAUGACAGCCAUGUGCGUCAGCACUGGAGCAGGGAAAUCCGAAAUCAAGUAGAAGUUCUGCUGCAGGCUGGACUGUUCCAGCCUGAGCUCUUCUCUUCCUACAGAGAAGAGCUGCUGCCAGAACGGGAACAGCAGGAGAAGAAAAAAGGAGCUCUGAAAAGUCUUUUGCUACCAGUUGACACAGUUCGGACCAAGCUGAGCAGUGGCUUUUGUGAACCUGCGCUUCAUGGGGCUGUUGUGGCAGGUUCAGUGUCCCUGCUCUACAAGCUCUUUCUGGACUCUUACAGCAAGGGAGAAAAUGCACUGCUCAGCGAUGUCUAUAACGUUGCCAGCGACCGCAUCCGACACGAGGGGGUGCAGUUUGGCUUUUACCGCAAGCUGGCACAGCUGCUGGUGCGGCACGCUCAAGCGUCCGUCCCUGCGUGGUUCAGAUGCCUCAAACUCCUGAUAUCGUUAAACCACCUCAUUGUGGAGCCAAACCUGCGUGACUUAGUGGCCUCUGCCUGGAUUGACGCAAAGGUCUUUGAGCCACGUACAAAGAGGCCCCAGGAGGCUCUUAUUGGCGCCGUGUUUCAGACUUACUGCAAGCUGCGGCAGUUCCCUCGGCUCUUCGAGGAGGUGCUGGCCGUCAUUUGCCAGCCAGCUGCUGACGAGCUGAGGGUGCCCGUCUUGUCUGCUGGCCUGACAGCAAAGCUUCGCGAGUGCCUCCUGGAGCUCCCACCCAACCAGAUUCUGGACAUUUUGUGUCUCGUAGUGGAGAAGUGCCAGACUCUGAUCAUUCCCGCUCUUGAAAGCGAUUCGAACAUGGUCUUGAAGCUGGGGUCCAUCAGCUCGGUGCUGCACGCUUUUUUGUUCAACAUGAAGAGCCUGGAUGAUGUCACCCCACCCCCUGUGGUCCUUCGCACUCAGAGUCUGCUGGCAAAGAUACAGAAAGAAAUAAUCCAGCCCCUGCUGGAACUGUUGCAGGCUGCUAGAGAAGAGGAAGAGGAGCCAGAGCCUUGUUUAAGGAAGGCCAGUGACUCUGCCCUACUUCUUGUUUACACUUGGGUUGAAGUAAACACUUUGUUUGGUAUUAGCUGCAGCAAGUAUGUGUCUCCAUCAGGUGGAAUUGCUGCUACUGCAACUGCUAUAAGGCAGUGGGGCAUUUCAGCUCUGCUCCCUGGUGUUGAGGAACAGUGUUGGGAGAAAGUCACAGCACUUGCAAGUAGUUUUGCCUCCACUGGUAAAUAUUGCCUAGAACUGCUCACACUCCAGAAAAUGAAGAUGAUUUUAAUGCAGACAAAGGGUGAUCCCCAGGCCUUGCAGCAUGCUGCAGCUUUCAUCCUGGAGUCUGGAAGAUCCAGCAUCAAUAAGGGAGAAACUGAACCUUGGGAUGGAGAUCUAAGUGCAAUAAAUGAUCUCACAUACCCUACAGCACACUGGCAUCUUGUCAUUUCCAACCUGACUAUUCUGUUGCCAUAUCUUUCCUUGAAAGAUGUAGAGUAUAUUGCCAGUGUGCUUCUGGAGACAUCAGUAUUGGCCAAAGCCCAGGAAGCUGAUGGAGACGAGGAGCCUUCCAUCAGCAUUGGAAAGGUGUCUCUUGGUUUGCUGCAUAGUCCCUUUCUCCCAGAAAUGAAGGUGUUGCAUUGUGCUUUUCUGAGCAGCCUUAUUCAUCAGUUCAGUAAAGUGCUGCACCCUGCCAGAGGUUCUGUAGAUCUGCCACUUCAACAGCUGUCUGCAGAUAACAUCCCUUGGCAUGAAGAGAUCCUGUCUCCUUGCAAAACUGCUGAACUGGUGGAGGCUCCAUCAGAAAACAAACCCCCGAAGGAUGAAUUCAACUCGUCUUGGAAGACGCUGGAGAAAGCUGCCCAGUGUAUUUUAUUGCUAGCGAAAAAUGGUUCUCCUGUCAUCCUGAAAGACAAUCAGCUGGAAAGUUGUUUGAGUUUGCUAGAAAUUGCUUCUCUUCUGAAACUAGACAAUCUUUUUCCCUCAGACUGUAUCCGUUGUCAUCUCUUGCUGCUGUCCUUGGUAGCGAAUACCAGAGCUAAUGCCUCUUGCAGCAAGGUGCUAUCUUUGAAAUUUUUGCGGACCUGCUUCCACCUUCUGAGGUGCCUGCAAGCAGGUCGGAAUGCCAAUUCUGUUUUUAAGGUUUUUCAUGCCAGUGACGCCCUUGAGGCUGUGAUGACCUCCCAGUUCACAAUCAGCAAAUUCUUCGCUAAUACUUUGACUGAUCCUGCCUGGACAGAGUAUCUCCAGGAAGCUCAAACCUUUCUGGAGCACUUUCUUCAGAUGAUUGUUGAACGACGCCAAAGUGUGAGAAUCAAUUUGGAAAAGUUCAUGUCUUUCCUGGUGAGCUGCAAGCCAGAUGCUGGUGCCGCCAGAAGUAAAUGCUGUAAAAACUGGACUCCUGCAGCUGGGCAGCUGCUGCUCAUGGCAUUUACCACACUGUGCCAUGUCAUCACCCUUUACCUUCAGCAGCAGCCAGAAAAGAAACUGCAGUCUGGAGCUGUGCUGCCGGCUCUGCUGGAGCCAGCGAUCGUGCAGAUGGGACGAGCUGUUGAACACGGUCUGCAGAGCAACGUGCAAAGCCAGCCUUUGCCCAUAGCGUUCAUACCAUCUGUCACUACUCUCCUCAAGGCGGAUCUGAGCCAUGCCCUCAGUAAAGGGGGCUGGCAGAAGAACCCUGAAGAGCCCAGCGGCUUUUUGGAGCGUCCCCGCAUUAAGCUCUACCAGCAGUUUUACUCUCAGAUACUGAGAGAGCUGCCCUCUGCAGGAGGACAUCUCCAGUUCCUUCAGUCUGCCUUGCAGUUCUUAACUGUCUUCUGCUCAGUACCUGAUCUGUCUUCUGGAAAAGAAACUGCAGUAACUGUGGUUUAUGCUGUAAAAAAGCUUCUUGCUGGUCCUGAAAUUACAGUCCAGGUGAUUCAAAAUAUAGAGAUGGAACUGACAGAAUUACUUGUCCAGCUGUUAGGAAACUGCUCUGCUGAAGAGUUUUAUGCUGUAAUGAGGCUGCUUCUUCAGGGACUUGAAGUGAGGAACAUUUGGCAACAGAACGCUAAAGAAGUGCUGUCAGCGGUUACUCUAAUCAAAUUGUUGCUCAGCUGCCCAUUAAAUGGAGACAAAGAAAAAGCUUUCUGGUUUGCCAGCCCACAGAUAAUCACAGCUUUAGCUAUGCAAACCAAAGAAGCCUGUCAGGACCAAGCACUGAUUUCCAGCAUGGUUGUGCCUAUCCUGGAGACCACAGCAGCUCUGCUAAGGCAAGGAGAAGGGAUUCUCUCGAACCCUCACCACGUAGCCUUGGCAUUCAGCAUUCUCCUGACGGUCCCACUAGAUCAUCUGAAGAUGGAGGACUACGGCAGUAUCUUCCUGGGAGUCCAUGAAGUGCUGUUCUCUAUUCUGCAGUGUCAUCCAAAGGUUAUGUUAAAAGCAGCACCAUCUUUCCUGAACAGCUUCCAUCGUCUGGUUGUUUCUGUUAUGCACGAAGGGCGUCAGAAAGGAGACAAAGUCAACACAGAUGAAUUUGAAAUCGCCUUGAAAUGUGCACACUUGGUGGAACGAAUGUAUACACAUAUUGCUGCAGAAACAGAAGAAUUCACUGUGUUUUCUGCUUUCAUUGUGGCCCAAUAUGUGACUGAAUUGCAGAAGGUGACUUUGCACCCAGCUGUGAAGAGGCAUCUCACAGAAGGGAUAUAUCGCAUCCUUGACCUUUGCAUUGAACGAGAUGUCAAGUUCUUAACUGCGUCACUGCCAGCAGGUGUAAGGGAAGUCUUUAAAGAUCUGUACAAUGAUUACAACCAUUAUCACAAAGCAAAAAGACAAGGGGAGGAAAAAUAUACUGCCUGAUGAACUGUGUCCAGUGCUG